ACUUUGGGAUAUUAUUAAUUAAUCAGCGUGAUCAUCAGUUGGCCUUAGAGCAUAAAAGGUCCAGUCAAAUGAAGAAGAAGAAGCUCAAUAUUAAAUCCCUGAACGAUUUGACUGGGAAUACAUAAAUAUAUCAAUAUAUAUCUCGUAAGUCAAUGAGUCAAUAUAGUUAAUUUCCCCUUUGUGACCGUAAACAUUUUCAAGUAGGAUUAAUCAUCCCUAUAAAUUGUUUCACCGGCAGCAUCCGUGAUAUCUGACCCAACCGAACCGAUCGAUAUGGAAAGAAUGCUUUAUGAUUUCCUUAAGAAACCGAUCCUACCCUUCUUUCUUCUUGUCCUCCUCCUGAGCUUGGCUCACGAUGCAUCGCCAAAGACGUUGGAGCCUACCCCAAGUACAAGGCAUCACUUUGUCCUCGUGCACGGGUCCUGCCAUGGCGGGUGGUCAUGGUACAAGCUGGUCAGGCUAUUGAGAUCCUCGGGCCACGAGGUCACGGCACUGGACCUGGCUGCUUCUGGGGUUGACCCGCGACAGGCCAGCUCCCUGAAGUCAAUUUCCGACUAUUUUGAGCCACUGACGGAGUUGAUGAUGUCCCUCAACUCGAGCCAGAGGGUGGUCCUCGUCGGGCACAGCCUGGGUGGCCUGGCCAUCUCCCAGGCCAUGGAGAGGUUUCCUCGUAAGAUCUCUGUGGCUGUUUUCGUCACUGCCCCAAUGCCCGGCCCUUCCCUCAACGUCUCCAUCCUCAAUAAUGAGUCACUGAGGAGAUCGGGGCCGGUGCUAGACAGCCGCUACACCUACGACAAUGGGCCCAAUAAUCCGCCGACCACUUUCAUCUUCGGCCCAAUUCAUUUAGCAACGCGAGUUUACCAACUCAGCCCCAUCGAGGACUGGACCCUGGCAGCCACACUGAUGAGGCCACUGCGCCUAUUCAGCGACAAAGAUAUGUCGAGGGAAAUAGCACUGUCGGAAGAGCGGUAUGGGACCGUGUCCAAGGUUUUCAUACAGUCGGAGGGAGAUCGGCUGACCCCGAACGAUCUCGUGGAGUGGAUGCUUGAGAGGAACCCUCCUAACGAGGUGCUGAAGAUCAAGGGAUCGGAUCACAUGGUCAUGAUGUCAAGGCCAUUGGAGCUCUGCUCCCAUCUUCUCAACGUAUCUAGGAAGUAUUCAUGAAUAAUUCACGCAUAAUUCCCUUCUUUUGUCGACUAUUCGAGAAAUGGUCUUCUCAAAUAAUUUGAAAUAAGAAUGGCUAUAUAUUGCAGUAA